GCUCGUUUCAUCAUGAUGCGCGGUGGCGGAUCCUUGACACUUGCCCAAGUCGAUUCAUGCAGCAAUUGAGAAGAUGAACGUCACGUCCACACAAGCUUGAUCGCGACAUGUGACUUCACCAUGUAGCUCACCAUGUAGCAUAUGUGAUAGUAACCAUGGUGGUUAGGUUCAAGAUAUGGCAGAGGCUCCGAAAGUGCUUGUCGAAUACACAAGGUGAGAUCAGAGCUGUGGUGUUACUGAAGAAGCUAUGCCCAGAGGAGAACUCUAAGUCGAAGCUAUCCCGUCAAUCGGUGCUGGAAUGGUGGACUCGGCUCGUAAGAUGCCUGCCCCAGCAAUCUGAACAAUACUCGCAUACUCGAAAUCCCCUAGCGGAAUCGGACUCUGCAACCUACUUUUUGCUUUCUGGUUGCCUAGACUCAUUCCCUGACGCCACUUGGGACCGAGCGCAGCUGUAUACGGCCGGACUCUUGAAUUCCAUCGGAGAUUCCACAUGCCUGGACGGGCUUUGUGGCAUUAUGAGGCAGCAGCAGCAGCAACUCAAGUCCAUACACAAUAUGCAUAGCGGCGCCCAACACGGCGACAAAUGUCGCAUCAGUAGACGUAAAGAGAAAAUGGCCAGCAACGCUGCUACACUGGUCUGGUCGCCUGCUCAAUAAAAUGACCGGGAUGUGCUUGUAGGAGCACAAGGCAGUAAGUAUGCUGGCAAGGCAUGAGAGGACUGACUUCUCUCCAGAACCGGUGAAUUAAACCACCGGCCAUGGAUGUAAGGUAGACAGCAUGCACUGCUGUCGUGCCGAGACCUGCUCAACUACUUCGUUG